CAUGGAUCAUCUGUCACCUGAAGACAUUCAGCUAAGGGCUAACCAGCUUACUGAUGAGUCUCUGGAGAGUACAAGGAAAAUGCUGGACUUAGCUGUACAGUCUGAAGAUGCAGGAAUCCAGACCAUCACCAUGCUGGGUGAACAAGGGGAACAACUAAACUGCAUAGUAGAAGGCAUGGACCAGAUAAAUAAAGAUAUAAGAGAGACAGAGAAGACUUUAACAGAGUUCAACAAGUGCUGUGGCCUUUGUGUCUGUCUAUGUAGCAGGACAAAGAACUUUGAGUCUAGCAAGGCCUCUAAGGCAACAUGGGGAGAAGGUGGAGAAAAAUCAUCCAGCAAGGUGGUAUCCAAGCAACCAGCGAGAGUUACAAAUGGGCAGCCUCAGCAGCCCGCUACCACAGUGGCCAGUGGUAGAUGCAUUAAACAGAUAACCACUGAUGCCAGAGAAGAAGAGAUGCAGGAGAACCUGACUCAAGUGGGCAGUAUCCUGGGAAAUCUAAAAAAAAUGGCCUCGGACAUGGGCAAUAAAAUUGAAGUUCAAAAUCGACAAAUAGACGCAAUCACAAAAAAGGUUGAUACUAGCAAAGAUCAUAUUGAUGUUGCCAAUACUGAAGCAAAGAAACUCAUUGACAGCUAA